AUGUCAAGAUCGCCUUCCCCACAGCCUGGGGGGUGGUCGAGUCCGGGCCUGAAUGCUCCAGACUACAAUGGCGGGCGCACCCGUCCAUAUGCGAAUGGCUCUUCUUCACACAAUGUUACCUGGGCAUCCGCUCAAGCGCGGAGUGCUGAGGUCAAGGGAUAUCCCGCCUUCACCCCGAGAAACCAAGGUUUCUUUGGCAAGCACUUUCGCAGGAUAUCUACAAGCCUGCCCUUCAACCACGGCGACAAGGAGAAGCUAGGUCGCGGACGGCCCCAAAACAAAGUCAUGCGCUUCCUGAAUGCCAUAGCCUGGACAGUAUGGCGUCUGCGGAAGCGAGUCGCGUUGGUCUUGUUCGUUGUAUUCUUCUUCAUUUUCUACAAUUCAAACACACCCUUACGUCGCAUGUACAGACGGUCCGCAUGGUUCGGCGGCGGCAGCAAAUAUGUCGUCAUACUCGCAGCGAACCAAGGUGGAGGUGUUAUGGAAUGGAAGGGCCCCCGCGAGUGGGCCAUCGAACGUGACAGUGUCAAGAACAAGAAGAAGUACACCAAGAACUGGGGCUACGAAUUGGAAAUUGUCGACAUGAGCACCAAGAAGCGUUAUGCGCACGAAUGGAGAGAAAGCUGGGAGAAGGUUGACACCAUUCGCAACGCUAUGCGGAAAUACCCACAUGCUGAAUGGUUCUGGUGGCUUGACACAAACACCUUCAUCAUGGAGCCGACCUACUCUCUCCAAAAGCACGUCUUCAAACAACUACAAGACGUGACAUAUCGCGACAUCAACGUAUACAAUCCCCUCAACAUCACACAUCCUCUGACCGACGAAUACCUCGACCCCGAAACACGCUCGCCCGUGGGAGAUGGCAAGGUCGACUCUGUCAACAUGUUGCUACCUCAGGACUGUGGUGGUUUCAACUUGGGCUCCUUCAUGGUCAAACGAAGCGUGUGGACCGACAGACUGCUUGACAUCUGGUGGGAUCCUGUUGGCUACGAACAAAAGCACAUGGAGUGGGAGCACAAAGAGCAGGAUGCUUUUGAAUACAUGUACCAGAACCAGCCCUGGAUUAGGCCCCAUGUUGCCUUCAUUCAGCAGCGCCAGAUUAUGAGUUUCCCACCAGGCGCAUGUGGCGAGAACGGCGACAACCCCGACAUUCACUACCAAGAACAAGAUCGUGACUUUUUGGUCAACAUGGCUGGCUGCGAGUGGGGUCGCGACUGCUGGGCUGAGAUGUACAAGUACCGCCAACUCAGCAACCACCUGAACCGUACACCUUGGGAGAAAUUCAAAGACGGUAUUUCAGACUUUUUCAAGAGUAGGACUAAGAAAGACGAGAAGAAGGAUGAGAAGAAGAAGAACUAG